UCGGGAAAAAAUGUGAAAAAUUAAUUUUGUUAAUUAAUUUUUAUCAUUAAUUAUAAUAAUUUCAAAUUGUUUUGAUUGAUUGUCGACGGAAAAAAGAAAGAUAUGGCUCAUAGGCAGAAUAUACAACAACAUAGUGCAACUGUACAUCAUAGUGAUCAUGAUUCAAAAUCGGCUACAUAUAAAUUAAAGCCAAAUUCUCAACAACAGCCACAAAAUUCUCGAUUUUAUCAACAACAACAACAGCAGCAGCAGCAACAACAACAACAACAACGACAAUUACAACCAAUUCAACAUUAUCAACAAUAUGCUGCUCAACAAUUUCAACAGAAUCGUUCGACACAGGCAAAAAGUUUUGAUGAUAGUACAUUAUAUCAAUCGACAAGAGAUCCACAAAAUAUAUCUUAUGCACAACAUCAUUAUCCACAGACAGAACCUAAACAACAUAGUAGUAGCAGUGGUCAUCAUCAUCAUCAUCAUCAAAGACAUCGACGACAUUCGUCUACUUCGAGAAUUAAAGCCGAUCGUGGAACAUCAUCAACAAUAACCGGUGCUGGUGUUAGUAAUGUGAAGAAUAGUAAUUUUAUUACAAGUAUAACGAAUAAUUUUAUGAGUUUUGGUGCUCCAUUUUUAUUCGAUUGGAGAUUAUUCUGUGAAAGAGGACAACCUCGUUAUGUUCAUAAACAUGAAGGCGAUGGUCUAAGAGUAGAUGAAUGUGAAGCUAGAUUUCUUAACAAGAUUGCUCAAGAAGAAAGGGCCUCAUUAAAUGCCAUUUCGGAUGAAGAUGAUCAAUCAACAUCAUUGCGUCAUCAACAGCGUAAAAAUAAAUCAGGCUCAGCAGCUGCAAAUGUUGAAUGUUUAGGUUCGGUUAGGAAAUCGGGGUUUCUUUCCGUUAAAAAAUGGCUAAUAAGAAAAAAGAAUUCACUUGAAUUGGCAAGAAAAAGAGGCUGGAAAGGCUAUUGGGUUUGUCUUAAAGGAACAACAUUAUUAUUUUAUCGUUGUGAUUGCGAUGAUAAUAAAUCUGGUGGCCAUGUGAUAGAAGCUCGGCCACGACAUUUGAUAUUUGUCGAUGCUUGUCUUGUACAGGCAAUACCUGAACAUCCAAAACGAGAUUUCGUUUUCUGUUUAUCAACAGCAUUUGGUGAUGCAUAUUUACUCGAUGCUCCUUGUCUUGUUGAACGUGAUUUUUGGAUAGCAGCAAUCCAUUGUGCCUGUGCCGCUCAACUUGCAAGAAGUUCCGGUCGUGCAACGGUUUCCCAUGUUCUUCAUAAAGAAAUCAAACGUUUAGAAGAAGCUAUCGAAUUAGAUACUCGUGCCAAAACUGAAGCUGAACAAAUCAUUUCAACCGCUUUGGCGACUGGUUCAUUAAGUGCAAAUGAAGCAAAAUCUAAACAACAACAAUUAAUGAAUCAAAUUCAUAAUCUUGAAGAAAAGAUUGAAAAGAAUCGUAUCGAAAUAUUUCGUUUUCGAGCAUAUUUAGCUGCUAUUACCAAUGAAGAAGAUCCUAAUCCAAAAACCUUACUAUCUCAAACAACUAAACGUUCAAAGAUUCAGCUCAAUCGCUUAGGCGUUUUUUCCGUCUCUUCAUUACAUGCUUUCAAUUGUGCCAAAAAUCCGACAAUCAUUGGAAAUCUUAAUAGAUCUAGUUCUGAAGAUAACUUAUGUGCACAAAACUCACUUUCUACUUACGAACAUUAUGUACAAAUGAAAUCAAAUCUUUCAUCUGUACAUAAAGAAGUUCGCGUAACUGUUGUUGUGAAAAUGCUCAAUGGCGAAUUGAAUAAAUUUGAAUUUAAUGCCGCACUUUCGGCUGAUCAAGUUCUAAGUAAAUUAUUACCAUCAUCAAUUGCUCGUGAUUAUUAUCUACGUCACGAGGAUGAUCCGAAUAUCAUUUUCAAACGUCAUGAAACAAUUUUAAAUCAUUCAACUAUAACAUUAGAAAUUGUGCCAAAAAUUAUGUUCACAUGUGAAAUGACUCGUGAAUCGAAUGACACACUUUUUGGAUUCUCGGUUGAAUCCGAAUUAUGUCAAGAUGAUUUGCGUGUUUAUGUAUCUCGUGUUGAACUAGGUUCAUUGGCUGCUCAACAAUCAUUACGACGUGGCGAUGAAAUUGUUGUCAUCAAUGGUGCAUUCGUUCAAGAUCUUGAUAUGAUGUAUGUUGAAUCGAUUCUUCAAGAAGAAUUGGCUCUUUGUCUUACAAUAAGGGCUGCACGAGAUGAAAUGACUACAAAUAGUCGUCCAAGUAGUAGUCAAUGUAAUUUUGGCAACACUAAUUCCUGGAAUCAAAAUACAAAUGUGAAUACGGCCGGCAGUUUUAGUGCUGUAGAUUUGACCCAAAUGCCUAUUCAACAAUCACAACAACAGCAACAGCCAAACACUGAUGAUUUAAUUGAAUCAUUAGUAUGUCCACCACCGCCUCCAAUUGAUGUGUCACAAAUGAUUCUUUCCGAAAAACAACUUAGUAAAUAUAUAGUGCCCAAAGUGGAUAGUUAUCUUAUAUCACCACCAGACAAUGAUAAGUUACACUGCCAUCAUAAAAAGAGCUUCAUUGACGGUCACCAUUACCAUCAUCAUCAUAAAUCAACUAGUCGUUCGUUUUCGUCAAAGUCAGCCAAAUGUUCAGCAAGUGCCAAAUGCACCGUCAAUGAUCAAAUACCGAUUCGGCCACAUUCAGCCGCAGCUAUAAGUUAUCCCCGAUCCGGCCAUCAUCAUCGUCAUCAUCAUCAUGGCCAUCAUAGUCGAUCAUCAAAUGCCGUCACAAAUCCGAAUCUUCAUCAUCAUCAUCACCACCAUCACCAUCAUAGCAGUACAAAACAUAUUUACCAUAUUAAUGAUCCUCAUCAAGCUAAUCUAUAUGGACUUUUAGAACAACAAUUAGCUAUAAGCGGAAAUUACGAUGCUCAACAGCAACAACCACCAAUCGUUCAAAAUCAACCUGUAGAUCAAUCAACAUUAUUAACGACUAAUCCAAAUGAACAGCAACAUGUUCAACCAACAAUGAUACCUUCAUCAUCAUCUAUUGGUAGUGGUAUUCAUCCAGAAUUUGCUCAAAUUUCGGAAACUGAACUUGCAACAUUGAAUGAAUCAGUAAUAUCUAGAAGUGAUGAUAAUAAUCAACAACAAAAUGAAAAAUCUAUGGACACAGCAAAAAAUCAAAUGGUAGGACUUGUUACAACACCAUCAAUGCACGUGGAAGAAUUAUCAUCAACUAAAAAUCUUUAUGGCGGUGAAAUUACUAAUGAAAAAUUACGUAAGGUUGUGCAUGAAUUAUUGGAUACUGAAAUUACAUAUUGUCAAGCAUUAGAUCAAUUGAUGACACUUUAUCUUGAUCCAUUAUUAAAAAGUUCAGCAUUAAAAAAUCUUGAUGCACGUAUAUUAAUCGGUUCAAUACCAUCGGUCAUUAUAACACAGAAUCAAUUUCGUGAAGAUUUAACAACAAUCAUUAAUAAUGAUGAUUUAAAUAUUGAAGGAAUAGCAAAAUGUUUCCUAAACUAUAGUAAUGAUUUUAAAAACUAUUCGACAUUUUGUGCAUCACAUGCAAAAGCAAUUAAAUUACUUGCAGAUGAAAAAUCUAUUCUACAUGAAUGGCUGACAAAACAAUCAAAAUUAUUAAAACAUCCUAACAUGUAUUCAUUAGAAUCCUAUUUAAUUCGACCAAUACAACGGAUAUUGAAAUAUCCGCUUCUAUUGUCACAAUUGAAAACUUUAUGCCUAAAAGAUUCACAACCAUAUUUUAAAAUUAAUGAAGCACUUCGUGCCAUCGAAAAUGUGGCUGAACAUAUAAACGAGAUGCAAAGAAUUAAUGAAGAAUAUGGUACAAUAUUUGAGAAUCUUCUUACAAGUACAAAAACUGGAUCGAAGAAAACAAUCUGUCCUUAUGAUCUGACGCCGACAUCUUUGUUACAUUAUGGCGGUGUUGAAUGGAUGAAUUCAUUAGAAUUUUUGGGUAAAAGUUUUCGAAAAAGUACAUCAAGUAGUGGAGGAUUGAAUCUACAUUCAAUGUGUUUUGUAUUCAAACAAUGUGUUGUAUUUUUAUGUAAAGAAACGGUAAGGCAUGGAAAAUCUAAAAAACAAAGUGCUACCGAUAUGGAAAUUAUUCGACAUCAAGUAUUAAUACCUGUAUCAGAGGUACAAGUUCGUGCUUGUCCACAAACUGAACAGGAGUUGGAUUUUAAAUGGGAAUUAAUUCAAUUGAAAACUAAUGCACAAGCAAAACGUUCGGAGAAAAUAUUUAGGCUUGCAAAUAGUACGAAUGAAUAUAGAAAUCUAUUUCUUCGAACAAUUCGUCAGAUAAUCAGAGAAGAUGUUCGACGUAUGAACAUAAUGGGUUCAAAACAAAUAUCGGCCAAAUCAGAGACAAGUCCAACAACGAAAAAAAAUGAUAAAAAACAUAUUGUUUCAUUUGCAUCUACACAGAAUCUAACACGAUGUGGUUAUUGUGGUGAAGAUUUUACAAAAAUGUUUAAAAAAGUUAAUUGAUGAAUUCAAGUGAGAUAUCAUCAUCAUCAUCAUUCCAUUCAUAAAUUCUUCAUCAAUAAUCAUCAUUAUCAUUUCCAAUCAAUUAAUAGGUUCAAUAAGACUUUGAUGUGAGAUAAACAUCCACCAAUAUUAUACACUUACACGCACACAACAAUCAUAAUGAUGAAUAUUUUCCACACAAAAAAACAAACACACACACACACAAAUAAUGAAUCCGAACAAACAGAAAAAAUACUUGAUUUUUUGUGAUUUUUAUUUUCAUCUUAUGGAUGUGAUCAUUAUUCUACAAAUACACAAAAACACUUACGUAAAAACGAAAUACUAUACAUUAU